CAGGGAUAUUUGUCAGAGAGUUUGGAAACUCUUUCUGUGCUCUCUCUCUCUCAUACACACAUAAAACAGUGAGUCCUGGGGAGAGAACUUUCCCAGUCAUAGUCAGCAUUUUCCCAAGAAAAUAUCCGAGAAAACUUAAUCUGAAACUUCCAAGCUAGCAUGUGAUUGUUAGCCUCCAGAAUUCUUCGUAACAACUUGGGGAUUCAAACACCGAAGAGAUAGAGUACUCUUUCGUGAAAAUUGAGGGGAGCCAGGGAGGGUUAGCGAAAUGCAAGACAUCCAUUCGAUCGGAGGGGGUGGCCGGUUGUUCGGAGGCGGCACAGGCGGAGGAGGAGGCGGAGGAGGGGACCGGAGGCUUCGACCGCAUCACAACCAGCACCACCAGCACCACCACCAGGCUCUCAAGUGCCCGCGGUGCGACUCGCUCAACACCAAGUUCUGCUACUACAACAACUACAACCUCUCCCAACCCCGCCAUUUCUGCAAGAGCUGCCGCCGCUACUGGACCAAAGGUGGCGUCCUCCGCAACGUCCCAGUCGGCGGCGGCUGCCGGAAGGCCAAGCGCUCCAAGACUAGGUCCUCCUCCGACGCAUCAGCUCCGCAGCUGCAGCAGCAGCAGCGAGAGCGCAAGUCCAACUCUCAUUCUAGCAGCGAGAGCUCCAGUCUCACAGCCACAAAUAACGCUGCCACGGAGGCGGUUUCGGCGGUCACGGAGGGGCCUUCUUUGAGCUCAGCCUCCAAUUUGUUGAACGUCCAAGACUCGAAGCUUUUCACUCCUAACCCUAGUUUCGAGCCUACGGGGUUGCUGGAACAAGGCUCGGACCGUGGGAUAUUCUCGGAGAUUGGGAGUUUCACGAGCCUCAUAACGGCGUCGAACGAGGCAUUGUCGUUUGGGUUUAACACUAUUGCGGAGAUCACGCCGUUUAGGUCGAAUCAACAUGGACAUGAUCAGCAUCAUCAGGUUCAACAGAAUCAGCAGCAGCAGUGGCAGCAGCAGGAGCAGAAGGUGAUGGGCGGUCUGGUUCCUGAGGAAUUGAAGAUGCAGGAGAUCACGGGUGGGCUGCUGGAUCAGACGGGCCCCGUCGAUUUAUCAGCGUUGCAGAACAGAUCGAGCGUUGGGGGAUUCGGAUCGUUUGAUUGGCAAAUCAGUGGGGAUCACAGCUUGUUUGAUCUUCCUAACACCGUUGAUCAAGCAUACUGGAGUCACAGUCAAUGGGCUGACCAAGACCACCCAAGUCUCUAUCUCCCGUAGACCACGUGGUGGUGUGGCAUGAUGCAGCAGUAACUGAAAAUCUUGAAUCCAGUUUUGUGGUCGUCUAAGCCAACUCACAUGUGUUAGCCAGCGCUAAAUAUCGCUCCCAAGUCAGCCCCCACAUCCCAUCCUCUGAUCAGGCUGCAACACCGUCCACUCAUCUUGUACCUUCAAUUUGAAGUUUGGUAUUACUUGCCAGAGAAGUGAAUGAAAGCCAUUUUGUACAUAUUUGUAAUGAAGUGGUUGUCCGCUAUAUAAGAUUUGAUUCCAAAUCUGCUGUGGAAGUAACCUACUAAUUAACUGGAGCAGUUUGAGCCGUUCACCACACAUGUAUGUGGACCUUUCUUAAUAAAACUAUUAUCAUAUAUAUGAUGAUAAUGUGCA